GGCUGCUUGGGGCGGUUUUUGUCCUAUUUGGUCCACUUGGGAGGAAGUUUAUAAUUGGACACGUGUUUUGUCUGCUUUAAAGGUACUUAGCCUUUUGUUUUUCUGUUAUUAUAAAGCAAUGAACGAUCCGUGAGGAUGCGUCCUUGAGCGCUCCUCUUCUGUCUUUAGAACUGAGUGGCGCGCAGAGGAGCGCGCGAGGCCCUGAAGUAUUUAAUCUGGACGUGCGCACAAGUGAGGUUCACACAGGUAUACCACAUCAGGUUCUGAUACAUGUGCAUCUCUGUCAAAGAAGGUUGUGUUUUACAUCAUGGAGGACAUCAAUCUGCUGUUUAACUAUGACCAGGAUACAGAGUUUGCAUUUUGGGGACAAACGGACCAACACGGUCCGUCUCAGGCCCAGCUGGACUCCUUUCUAGUGGACUGCAGUGCAGUUAGCGGCCAGCUCUCCCCCUGGUCCGGGAUCCCGGACGCGCAGCUGAAUUUCAACGACCUGCACGCGCAGUCACCAGGAGCAGGGUUCUGCGCAGAGGCGGACAGCUCCACCGGCGCAGACUGCGUAGACAGCGCGCGCAAGCACGGCUUGCAUCUCCCGCACAAGGUGCAGCGGCACGCCGCCAACAUCCGGGAGAGGAAGAGGAUGCUGAGCAUCAACUCGGCCUUCGAGGAGCUGCGCUGCCACGUGCCCACCUUCCCAUACGAGAAGCGGCUGUCGAAGAUCGACACCCUGCGGCUGGCCAUAGCCUACAUCGCGCUGCUGCGGGAGAUCCUGCUCUCGGGCUGCGACCCCAAGUCCUACGUGGACGAAUGCGUGAAGAACGGCUACAAGAAUCAGAGCGACGCUGCGUGGAACACCAGCGAUCUGACCGCCCGCCUUUCUUGGAUAAAGUGGGAUUAAAUGAGCGGUAGAGUGUGAAGAUGCGGUAAGGAGGUGGAUGUGGGGGCUGCGCCUGCAGAUCUACAUCUGCAGACUUCUCACCAGGUCACAAACCCCAGGCUCUCUCAACCUUUUCUGCCACUGUGUCCUCAGUGGAUUUCAGUAUUCAGCUUUCUUAUUGGCGAGUAAUUGAGAGCCAUUGUUUGUGCGGCAGGGUGGGGACAGAGAGUUGGCCCGGCUUUCUCCUCAGAGAUGGCACUUGUCUCACUGGCAUGAAGCUGAAUGGACUUGUUGAAGGCUCAUACUUCUGCACUGAAGUGCUUUCGGGACUCCUCAUGCGGCUGCGGGUCGAUGUGUUAAAAAGAGUCUUAAUGAUGCAAAUGAGAUGAAGAUCGGUGUGAUGUUUCUGAGCAUGUCAGCUGCUGUUUUGUAACCAUGAGAGUCGACUUCUGUUUGUUUCACGAAAAGCUCUCUGGUUUGUUGUUGUUUAUUUAUUAUAAUUUUUUUUAAUCAAAUUUGGUUUUCAUUAUAUGAAAUUAAACA